CGGCGGGGUGACGUCACCCACGCACGUGUUCCGGUUCCGGUGCGCGAUGCGGGCUCCGGCGGCGGCGGGGCGGGAGCGGGGAGCGGCAAAAGCGCCCGGAAUGAAGGCGGCGAAGAAAGCGCCUAAAGCGACCAGAAUGGCCAAAAAGACGAAACCCACGCGGAGGGUGAAGCUGGCCGCGGCGAAGCAGACGGCGGCCGCCGAGGCGGCGCGGCGCGCCCGCCACCUGAAGGCGCUGAGCUGCGCGUCGGGCGCCGAGCGGGAGCUGGAGGAGCUGGUGUUCGGCGACAGCCUCAACGUGGAGGAGGACGAUCUGCUGCGGCGGCUGGCCGGGCCCCGAGGGGUUUCUGCCGCAGAGGGGAAAGACCUCCAUAAAGAAUCCAGCGACUCUGAGGUAGAAAAUGAAGCUAAAGGUGACGUACUGUCCAAAAAGCCGGCAUGGGUGGAUGAGGAUGAUGAAGCCGAGGAAAAUGUUGAUAUGACCCAUAAGUACAGGAAGGAUUUCAUGAAAAGUGAUGCCGAGACAACGCUUACUAAGAAAAAGCUGAAGAAAAGGCUUGAGGAACAAUUUCAGCAAGCCAUGGGAGGAGUUCCUGCCUGGGCUGAUCUAGAAAACAGGAAGAAAUCCAAAAGGACUUCGAGUGAUAGUGACAGUGAUGAAGAUGAUGAUCUGCUACGCAGGACUGGCAACUUCAUCAGGAGCUCAGAGUCUCUGCCAAGAGGGAUUUUGAAGAUGAGCACCUGCCCUCCUGCAAACCAGGAACGUUUUGCCAAUGGAAAACUGGUGACAGUGCAGUUUCAUCCUUCAGCUCAAGUAGUGAUGACAGCUGGGCACGAUCGCUCUGUGUCCCUCUUCCAGGUGGACGGUAUAAGGAACCCAAAAAUACAGAGCAUCUAUUUAGAGAGUUUUCCAAUUUAUAAGGCUCGUUUCAGUGUGGAUGGAGAACAAGUUAUAGCCACUGGUACUCACCACAGCAUGUUCUUUGUGUAUGACAUGGUAGCUGGGACUAUCAUCCCUAUCCCAAAAGUACGAGGUGUGGAGGAAAAAUUUCUUAGAAACUUCGAACUGUCUCCAGAUGGAUCAUUUAUGUUGCUGAUUGGAACUUCAGGUUACCUUCACUUGCUGUCCAUGAAGACAAAAGAACUGAUCAGCACUAUGAAGGUGAAUGGAAGGUGCACUGCCUGUGCUUUCACCCCAGACAGCAGUAAAAUCUACAGCUAUUCAAAGGAAGGUGAAGUUUUCAUUUGGGAUGUGAGAAGCAGAAAGUGUCUACAUAAAUUUGAAGAUGAAGGUUCUUUAGAAGGAAAGUGCUUUGCUGUUUCAAAAAACAACCAGUAUGUGGCAUGUGGUUCAUCUUCUGGAGUUGUAAAUUUAUACACUACUGAUACCUGCCUCAAAGAAAAGCAUCCUAAACCAGUUAAAGCCAUAAUGAACCUUGUUACCUCUGCCACCUGUGUGACCUUUAAUCCCACCACAGAGAUCUUGGCAGUGGCUUCCCGUGACACUGAUGAGGCUGUCAAACUGGUGCACCUUCCUUCAUAUACUGUAUUCUCAAACUUCCCAGUGUUCAGAAGAAAACAGAUUUAUCUUGCUCAGUCAAUGGACUUCUCUCCCAGAAGUGGAUAUUUCUCUGUAGCAAAUAACAAAGGCAAAGCUUUGUUAUUUAGGCUGAAACAUUAUUCAUCCUUCUGAAAGAAGAUACAGCAGAAAAUGAAUCAGUAACUGAGGUGUUGUAACCUGCAGGUACAAGGAUGCUGAUAAAAUCAACUUUUUUUUUUUUUUUAAAUAUGGAAGCUACAAAAUAUUAAUAGAAUAUAUAUGUUUUUUUAAAAAAGUUUAUUUGUUCAUUUGUUUUAAAUAAAUACACCUGGUAAGUUUCCAGGCAACUUGUUUCAA